AUGGUUGCCAAUGUGAAUGGUGCGGCCGUGAUCGAUCGGCCCGCACCGCUGGCGUCGCAACCUUCCACUCUUCAUGCUGUAGCCGUGAAGAUUCCGCCUUUCUGGCCAGCCGACCCGGCUCUGUGGUUCGCCAACAUCGAAGCGCAGUUUGCCCUCCGAGGCAUAUCUGCACAGCAAACAAAAUUCUUUCACGUCGUUGGAGCGCUUGGCCCUAACGAAGCGUCAGAGGUCAGGGACGUCAUCACCAACCCCCCAGCAGCCAACCCUUUCGACGCGUUAAAAGACGCGCUCACGAAGAGAACGACAGCCUCUGAACAGGAACGUCUGCGACAACUGCUCACAGCUGAGGUCCUCGGCGACAGGAAGCCUUCGCAGCUGCUGCGUCGGAUGCAGCAGUUGUUGGGCGAUAGGGUCUCAUCCUUGGACGAAUCCAUCCUGCGCGAAUUAUUCCUGCAGCGGCUUCCGAACACGGUUCGCAUGAUACUAACAACGUCGAGCAGCGUUUCGCUCGAGGCUUUAGCGGAGAUGGCGGAUCAGAUGAUGGCAUCGGGAUGA